AUGCCGGCAAUGCCGACAGGCAAAGGUGAGCCGUCCUUCGACGAGCGUCAUGAAGCAAUAGCUAGAACACUGCGCAGAUUCGAUGUGAGGUAUCCACAGGGGGAACGGCUCCUUGUUCACGCUGUCAACGUGUCGGUCUGGAUUGUGAAGUGGAUACUGAGUUCAAAAGAGUCAACAAGCGCGCGCAAGUACCCGACGUCAUCCCUGUCAACUAGCACUAAAAUGGUCACUAGAAGACUUGAAGAACUCGAGGAUGAAGUUCGGGAACUAAGAUCGUCCGUUUCUGGCUUCCCGUCACAUUCCAAACCAACUUUUGAAAAGUCUUUCUUGGGCCAAGCUUCUAAACCCUGCCUCACGGGCUUAUCGGACCAAGCGACCGAACCGAGCAGCGGCGGCCUUCUCUUGGAUGAUUCCCAAAUAACUCGCCAUCAAAAAGCCAAUGCGCCCCAAGAUUCUCUACGUCCCACAAUUCCGAGAUCUAUCGGCCAUCUCCGCUUACAAGCUCAGCAGAUCAACUCUUUAUUUCAUCUGUUCUUCACUAAAUACCACCCAUUCAUGCAGCUUCUAGAUCCAUCUCUCGCUCCAAAUAUAUAUUUUGAUCGGAGUCCAGUUCUGUUCUGGGCCAUCAUCUAUAUAGCCUCUCGUCAGUACCCUGAUGAACCAAGCCUACUAACCACGUUGGGCUCUCUGGUAAAAAUGCUACUUUGGGAAACAAUAUCCAACCCUCCACACAAUUGGUACAUUGUGCAAUCAAUCUGCCUUCUAUGCAUGUGGCCGUGUCCUACAUCUUCUCUUUCAACUGACACAACUCCCAUGCUGGUCAACAUCGCCCAAACUAUGGCAAUGCAGCUCGGUCUACAUCAACCCGAGGCAAUUCAAGAUUUUUCUCGAACUAAACGAAAGCUGAGCUCAGCAGAGGUCUCUGAAGUGGUGAAGACCUGGUCUGUUUGCUACAUCGUGUCUCAAAGUAUCUCAACUACAAAUGGUAUGGCACUAGCCUCCUCAGACUGGAUGGUGGACCGCAUCUGUGACCAUGGGAGUCCUUACAUUCUCCCCAUGGAAAUGAGACACCAACUUUUGAUGCACCGAUUCUCUGCUCGGGUCAGCAAUUACAUGUCUAAAUGUCUUCCAAAAGGCACAAACGGGCUUCUUUCACAUGAGAUACUCCCUGUCUUGGGCCUCCUUGAGCAGGAACUUACGGAUCUGUCACGAUCCAUAAGCAACUCACUUACAGAUGAGAACGAAAUAAUAUUGAGUGGCAUCGGACUGCAACUUUAUGUCUUUUACUUGCUUGAUUUGGAAGACUCUCUGGCUCGUAAGACGGGCUUGUUGAAAGCCUUUGAAACAGCCAAGGCUUUGAUAAUGAAGCUUUAUCAGCUUGAUACCACGUCCAACCUUAUGAAAUAUUCACCUGCAUCAUAUUACCGGGUAACGUCUUUGGCGGCAUUAUUUAUUCUCCGCCUCGAAGAUUCUAGCCUGGUUGGUCUUCUAGAUGCAGAAGGCGGAAAGCAGUCAUUCAACGCUGCACUUUCUCUCCUCCGUCGAACUUCACUAGAAGACAACGAUCUUCCAGGAAGGACCUCCAAGAUCCUAGCCCAACUUUGGAGUAUGCAGGGGCAGUCUCAACAAAGUGGGAAAGAACCGCAUUUGAAGCUACGAACGAGGCUGGCAGCUAGUCUACUUCACGAUCAACUGUGGAACUGGAGAGAGAGCUUUGGUGGACAAGGUUCAGCUCCGCAUACACCACCUCGCGAGCCCAGGAAUAAUUCUCCAGAUGAGCCGAUCUUAGCAACAGGCAUCAAUCCUCCUAUGUCAUCAGAGAUCGAGGUAGAUCGACUGACAUUCGAGGAUGUGUUUGACCUGGACAUGCUCUCUCUUCUCCCGUUCGACUUUGAAGAGAAUACUCUUUUCGAUCCUAGUCUUGCCGCUGAAGAAUCUGCCGUCUUCAAUGCACUGUCAUGA